UGUAAAUAUCUUUUUGUUUUCUGAUGGUCUUAGGCAACCUCUGUGAAAGGUUGAGAACCGCUGCUCUAGACCCUCACUCCCAACUCACCCUCAUUUCACUCUUCGCAGCCCUCUGGCUACUCUAAGAUCUAGGACAGAGAGUUUGAUCCUGGUGUCCCAAAGAAGUGAGAACCCCAGGCCUAGCACUGCCAGGCUGUGUGACCUUGGGCCAGUUUUUUCCUUGCUUUGAGCUUCAGCGUCCUUCCUCAUAAGAUGGGGAUUACCCAAGGAGCUGUGAGACCUUGAGCACCUCCCAGUUGUUAGGUUUUAGAGUCCAGCUGACAGCAAUUUCAGCCCCACUUCUGCCCUUCCUAGCUGUGUGUCUUUGGGCCAGUGCCUGAAGCUCUUUUCAGCCUCACUUUCCCUCUCCAGACUAGGAGAUCGUAAAUCUUUCCUCACAAAGCAGGCAGGAAGACAUUCGGGAUUCAGAACAGGCUCGGGAUUCAGAACAGGCUCUGGCUGCAGACUGCCAGAUCCAGGUCCCCAGCUCUCCACUCCAGCUGUCUGACCCUGGUCAAGAUCUUGACUCUCCCUGGGUCUCAGUUACAACUGUGAAGUGGGGCAAUAAUAGCUCCUCCCUCAUAGGGCUGAUGAGAGUGGGAUGAGAACGUUGACACACUCAGGUCCCUGGCUGGCAUGUGGGAAGGACGGAAUGAACUUGCUGUGGGGUUUGUCCGAAAAGGUGCUGAUUGUGUUGUCAUUGCGUUUGGCUUCUGGCAAGGGCUCGUGCUCUGGUUGCCUUAUUUGUGAGGUAACAGCUCUCACUUUGGUGGGUCAGGUAGGAGGUGAGAUGAGUCUCUGCACAGAGUAGGCACUCAGCAAACACUGGCUUCUAUGAUUGUAAGCCACAAAAGUGAAUUGAAAUCAAAUUACUGUUACCGUGGUGAGCUGGAUCACAACCCAGCUUGAAUCCCUCCAGUGACGGGGUGCUCACUUCUUCCCCGAGGAGGCUCCUUAGUUGCCCAGCAGCCCUGGCUCAACCACUGGUUUGUAGGGGGAGGAAAGGCACAGAGAAGGCCAGUGAGGGUGCCAGGUCACACAGAAGGGCAGGAAGCUAGCCCAUGUGCCCUUUGCUCUUCUCACCUCAUAAGGAGAUUUGUCCAGCAGAUUGUCCGCUUACAGCAGACCUGUCCUGGGGACACAGAUCCCUCAUCUUGGUUUGCUCACAGUAGGAUAGAGGAGGCAGAGGUACAACUGUUACAAGCUCGAGUGACACAAGCUCUAAUGGAGGUAGCCCAGGGCAUUGUGGGUCUAGGGAAGGCGUCUCCAUCCUGGGACAUCAGGGAAGUCUUCCAGAGGAACUGCCGGAACGGUGUUGUAGGAAGGACAAAAGCUUUGAGGGUGGAGUCCAGGCGCAGACAACAGCUUGCACACCAUUUUUCAUUCGGCCCCGCUCUGAGGCCUGCCAUGUGCUGCACAAGGCUACUGGCUCAGAGAUGAACCCAACAGGCCCCAACAUGGGGCUCCUACACUGGCUGGGGAGAUGGAUCCAGAAAGUACUCCCCGGAGACAUAUGUCCAAGAAUGGGGGUCGCUCAGAUGUUGGAGUCCAUGAGGCAAGGAAGGGCUGACCCUAUAGGAGUGAGGGAAAGACUGACAGGUAAAUAGAGGAUGAGUGGUGCAGGUAUGGGAUGGGGGCGCCUUGACUAAAGGCCUCUGUCCUCAGAAGUCUGGAAGGCUGUAAGGCCGGGAGUGGGGCCGGACCGGUAGGCCCUCCAGUGCUCCAGGCUGAGGGGCUGUGACCUUGUCCUGGGGAUGCUGGGGAGGAGCAGGUUCAUCUCCAGGUAUAGAAGGACCUCCAUGGUGCUGUGUGCUGGUCUCACUGGAAGCUGGGAGGUGCCAGGCGAGGCUGGGAUGAUGGGCAGGACAGCAAUGACCAACAAAUAUAAUACAAGCCAGGGCUUGGAUGGCGUCGGGGCGCCCCGAAGAGCUGUGGGAGGCUGUGGUGGGGGCUGCCGAGCGCUUCCGGGCCCGGACAGGCACGGAGCUGGUGCUGCUGACCGCUGCGCCACCUCCGCCACCCCGCCCAGGCCCCUGCGCCUAUGCAGCCCAUGGCCGUGGAGCCCUAGCCGAGGCUGCCCGCCACUGCCUCCAGGACAUCGCCCAGGCCCACAGGGCUGCCGCCACUGCCCGGCCCCCCGUGCCCCCACCAGUACCACAGCCAUCCAGCCCCGCACGGAGCCCACCCAGGCCUGCCCUGGCCAGAGAGGAAGAUGAGGAAGACGAAGAUGAGCUGACAGAGACAGAGACCUCUGGGGAGCGGCUGGGCGUCAGUGAUAAUGGAGGGCUCUUUGUGAUGGAUGAGGAUGCCACGCUUCAGGACCUGCCCCCCUUCUGUGAGUCGGACCCUGAGAGCACAGACGAUGGCAGCCUGAGCGAGGAGACCCCCGCUGGCCCCCCAGCCUAUUCAGUGCCCCCGGUCUCAGCGCUGCCCACACAGCAAUACGCCAAGUCCCUGCCUGUGUCCGUGCCCAUCUGGCCCUUCAAGGAGAAGAGGACAGAAGCACGGUCGUCGGAUGAGGAGAACGGGCCGCCUUCCUCGCCGGACCUGGACCGCAUCGCGGCGAGCAUGCGCGCCCUGGUGCUGCGGGAGGCUGAGGACACCCAGGUCUUCGGGGACCUGCCGCGACCGCGGCUCAACACCAGCGACUUCCAGAAGCUGAAGCGGAAAUAUUGAGGCCCAGGGAGGGAACCUCCUGGCCUGGCAUCCGCCCUGUCCCACACUACACCCCCGCCCCGCCCCCGGGGCCCGCCAAUCCGAGUCAGAUCCGGGACCGGCCUAAGCCCCAGUCCCAGCCAAUCGCCGCCGCCCUUCCAGCCCACCACCCGAGUCCGCGCCUCGGAGCGGGACUUAAGCAGGUUCCCAGUAGGGUCCGUUGACUCAUUCUGCCCAACGACAGAUCCUUUCUGUUAAGGGAUUAGCUAGCUCCCGGAUGGGCGUGGCUAGUUCUAAGCCCUAAAUGGGUUGAUUUCAUCGUUUUCUGCCGAGUGACAAGGGCUUUGCUCGCACGGCGUUGGCUCCAUCCUUGAAAGCACAGUCGGGCCCCAGGAUUGGGUGGUGGCCCUCUACUCAGUCUGGUGGGUCUUGACAAAAUGUCCCAAGACUCACCACCUGAGUUCUACUUGGUUGGCUCCAGCCUCUUCGGGGCGUGGCCAAGCCCUCCUGUGCCCAGGAUUGGCCUGUGGCCUUAAAUUUACGUUCUUUACACUACUGGGGCUAGGGUUUUUACUAAAUCCUGACAACUGAUCCCUCUAGCCCCCUCCUCAGGGAUGGCCCAAUCCUGUCCCUGCCUGUGACAUGCUCAACUGGUUCCAUCCCAUAACAUCCUGCCAAUUGAAGCCCGUCCUUGCAUCGCAUCCAGGACGAUACCAGCUCCCGUCCCUCUCCCCUCACCCCCACAGGUGCCUUACAGGGCCCUCCUCCACCCAAGGUGGGGGGCAGGGGCCCUCACUCUCCGGCCCUGAUGUGGGGGAGAGAGUGGGGGGUGGGGAUCGCGAGUUGGGAGGGGCGCUCUGAGAUUAAAGAGUUACCUCUGUCAAAUGA